CGACAGCACCAACGUCGCCGCACACACAGCACCAUGCCCGCAGCGUAAUGCGUCGCCCCGCCCUGCCGCCCUCACCAUGCUGUCCGCUUUCACAGCCCGGCCGAUCAUCGAGCUGAAGCCGCGCGACAAGUCCAAGAUCGAAUCCAUCCUCGCCUAUGGCAACAGGGUGCUCGUGGGCCUCAACACGGGCUCCCUGCGCAUCUACCGCGUCAACGAGACCACCGAAGACGACGAGCAGCCCGCGCAGAAUGGCGAGCACAACGGCAGCGACGGGGCCGAGCCGCAGGCGCCCAGGGUCAAGCCGGUAGACCUGCUGCGCGAGGAGGACAAGUUCUCGCGCCGCCCCGUGCAGCAGCUGGCCAUCAUCAAGGAGGCCAACAUCCUCCUGUCGCUGUCGGACAACCAUGUCUCUGUCUACGACCUGCAGACAUAUGCGCUGCAGGAGAAGCUGGAGCAGACCCGCGGCGCCUCAACCUUCGCCGUGACGAGCAACAUCGUCAAGGACCCCGACACGGGUAUACCCACCAUCAUGAGCAGGCUGGCCGUCGCCGUCAAGCGGAAGAUCAUAUUGUGGACCUGGCAGGACAUGGAGCUGAGCGGCGAUGCUGCCGAGAUCACCCUCGUUGCUUCGGUCAAGAGCCUGACGUGGGCGACGGGCACCAAAAUUGUCGCUGGCAUGGACCCUGGGUUCGUCAUGGUCAACGUCGAGAGCCAAGAAAUCCAGGACAUCGUCAAGCCGAAUCCCUUGGGCGAGGCUGGUGGGCCAGGUAGUACUAGAUUCGGCGCCGUCUCUUCAUCGGGCAUGGGCUAUAUGGGCAUGGGAAGCUGGGUGCCAAAGCCUCUGGCAACAAGACUGCAAGAGGGCGAGAUGCUGCUGGCGAAGGACGUGAACAGCUUGUUCAUCGACAGCGACGGGAAUGCCCUCGACAAGCGACAGGUACCCUGGCCAUCGGCGCCGGAGAGCCUCGCAUACUCCUAUCCGUACAUGCUGUCGCUACAGCCGCCGGCCAAGGGAGGACUGGAAAUCAGAAACCCGGAUACGCUCAACCUGCUGCAGACCAUCGCCUUACCAAACGCAAACUUCCUUCAUGUCCCGCAGCCAAACAUCAGCUUAGCUCAUGCUGGGAAAGGCUUCCUCGUAGGCAGCGAUCGAUGCAUCUGGAGAAUGGGCGCGCAGAGCUACGAGUCGCAGAUUGAUGAGCUUGUGGCCAACGGUCGUUUCGAUGAGGCACUCAGUCUGCUAAAUAUGCUGGAAGACACUCUUCUCCUCGACAAGGAAGAUAGAACACGAGAGAUCAUGAUGCUCAAGGCAGGGGCAUUGUUUGAGCUACGCAAAUUUCGCGAGGCCAUGGAUCUGUUCACGGAUGCGAAAGCGCCCCCGGAGCGUGUCAUUGCGCUAUACCCCAAGUCCAUCGCAGGCAACUAUUCUUCGGUGGAAAGUGUGAAAGAUGAUGAGAGUGUCGUCGAUGAAGAGGAGACAACGAACGGAGACAGGGCUCCCGCUGAAAGCAAGGAAGCGCUCUCGACGGCGGCAAACACAAUCGGACGUUCGAUGAUGGGCAGACUGGUGGGCCAUAAGAAGGUGGACUCGGAUACUGCAUCCAUCAGAUCAUCAAUGAACACCUCAAAGGAAGAUACGACCGACGCUGCUAGCAUCAAAGGAAAGACGUCGGAGACCAUUCUACCGGACAAGACCCUCGAAGGCAAAGACUUGAAGCUCGCGGUGCACGCGCUGCAGUCAUACCUGGCACAGUGUCGUGUCCAGAUCAAGCGCUACAUCGAUAUUGAUGGCACACUGAAAGAGGCGCUGCCCCAGCAAAGCGAAAGCCAGGCAGAAGAAUAUAAGCCACCGUUUCACUGCUUCAUACAAAAGACAACGCCGCUUGCGCAUGUGGACUGGGCUGCCGAGCUUCUGAAAGCUGCCCAGCUCGUCGACACUACCCUUUUCCGUGCAUACAUGCUGGCCAGCCCAGGUCUCGCUGGUCCGUUAUUUCGUCUCCCCAACUUUUGCGAGCCGGGUGUGGUGCAAGAAAAGCUCUACGAGACGGGUCGGUACGCCGAUCUAAUCGACUUCCUCCACGGCAAGAGACUGCACCGUCAGGCGUUGGAGCUCCUCGCAAAAUUCGGGAAAAACGAUGCAGAAGAGGAAGUUUCGUCCGCGCUCCAAGGCCCCCAGCGAACUGUCGGCUAUCUGCAACAGCUCCCACCUGAGAUGAUAGACCUCAUCCUCGAAUUUGCAGAGUGGCCGUUGCGCACCGACCCCAAGCUCGGCAUGGAAGUGUUCCUCGCGGAUACCGAGAAUGCGGAAACACUGCCUCGUCACCGAGUGGUAGAAUUUCUAGAAAAAAUCGACGCGAAGCUCGCCGUGAAGUAUCUCGAACACAUCAUUGAGGAGCUCAAUGAUCUGACGCCAGAUUUCCACCAAAAGCUUGUCGACCUCUUCCUAGAAAGGCUCAGAACCCACGACUUCUCAGACGACGAGGAAAAGCAACGCUGGAGAGUAAGACUACAGACCUUCCUCAAGACAAGCACAAACUACAACACCAUGCGCGUAUUCAGACAGCUGCCCGCCGACGACGCAGACUACUACGAAGCGCGUGCCGUCGUGCUCAGCAAGAUGGGAAACCACAAGCAAGCACUUCAGAUCUAUGUCUUCGACAUGAAGGAUUAUGACAAAGCAGAGGAAUACUGCAAUGCAACGUACCUCUCCACGGUCCCCGCCUCCCCAAUCCACAGCUCCUCCUUCCACCCCUCCUCCACACCUGCGCCCGCACCACAGCCCCUGGUGGACGGAGACGAACCCUCCAUCUACCAUACCCUCCUAUCACUCUACCUCUCUCCGCCGCACCCGCACGCCGCCAAUUGGCCUCCCGCCCUCGCCCUCCUCUCCCGCCAUGGCGCCCGCUUGCCGGCGAAUACUACGCUGGACCUCGUGCCGCCCUCCCUGCCUGUCAAAGAUCUAGAGAGCUACUUCAAGGGACGCAUAAGGAGUGCGAACUCCCUGCUUAACAGCGAGAGGAUAGUUGCGCGGCUGAGGGGCGUGGAGAAGGUUGAUGUCGAGGCUGCUGUACUAUUAGGCGAGGGAGGUGCGGAUGGAAAGGGUAAGGGAAAGCCUGGGGGUUUGAAUCGCAGGGUAGUCAUCACCGAGGAGAGACAUUGUGCGGUUUGUCAUAAGCGGUUUGGGGGAAGCGCUAUUAGGGUUUAUGCAGAUGGUGGGGUUGUGCACAGUGGGUGUUUGAGGGGGAGUGUGGGGAGGAAAGGGACGCAGAGGGAGAGUGUGGGGUGGAGAUAGGGAGAGAGAUGGGAUGGCAUGGCAUGAUACCCGUAGCUUGCU